GGUCGGGGAGGCCUUGCGAGGAGCCGUUCGCCGCUGGCGCCGGCAGGAGCCAGAGCCCCACCAUUGGCGCCCUUCUUGCGCGCUGCGGCCCAGGCACGCUGUGCGCCACCAUGGAGGCGCUGGGCGCGGCGGCGCGGACCGAGGAUCGCGACGCGUGGGAGCCCUGCUUCGGGCGUGUGCUGGUCCUCGUCCUGGACAGCCUGACGGAUCCAGAGCUCCAGGACUACGCCCGGGGUGCCGCGCUGCUGUGCUUGCAGGAGCUGCUGGUGCAUCAGGCCUGCCUCUUCCCCCACUUCGUGGACGUCGUCGCCGACCGCCUCCUGCGGGCGCUCGGGCGCCCCGGCGUGGAGGGUGCGGAGGGCGCGCUGGGCCUGCUGCUGGGCGGCGCCGCCCCGGCGGCGGCCGCGGAGAUCCUGCUGCUGGAGCUCUCCGCGGGGGGGGCGGAGGCCCGGAGGGCGGCGUCCCGGCUGCUGCCAGCGGCGCUGCAGCGCAUGACCACGGAGGAGCUGCUCGGCCACCUGGACGUGCUCCUGCCGGGGGCCGCCGCCGCGCUCGGCAGCGCCCACACCGAGGUGCGCAAGGCCGGCCGCCGAGUGGCACCACCCGGAACGGCAUGCCCAGCUGCUCCAAGGCAGCCGGCACCUCGCCGGCCAGCUCCGCGGCAACCCUCGGCUCCCAGGAUGACCCGCGGGCGCCCCAGCGCGGGCAGCCGCCUGGUGAAGCCCCCACUGGCAGGAUCCGUAGGCCCCCUGGUCUGUGUCGUCCCGAGCCUCCAGCUUCAUUGACGUUCAGCCGGUUUCCCGAGACAGAGUACGGUGCGAACAAGUUCAUGCCACCUGAUUUGCUGCCCAGCAUGGAGCUGGCCGGCAGUUUGGCAAUGAGCGACCGCACGAGAGACAGCGAGUUAACCUCUGAUCUUUACCAGGAUUCCCCGAAGGCCUCCAGUGGGCAUGGGGCUCCAUUGGACCAGCGGGAUCGCCGGCGUUGA